CAAAGCCCAUUGACCACCACCUUGUCCGUUUCUCGCCUCUCAUUCGAUGCGGCCGCCCUUUUUUUCUCCUAUCCAUGCCAGCGUCUCUUUUUUCGCCUGAUAGCGCCGUCUGCUCAGGGUUCGGCGACCAAACUCUCUCUUGCCCAUCCCUUCGCAUCCUUUCCAUUUCGGUUUCCUCUCUCAUGAUUAUCAUCUUGUCUUAUUUUUAUCGCCUUGUAUAUUGCGACUAAUUUUCGAUUCUGCGAAUCAUGGGCCCUGCCUGGGACUCUCCGCCUGCGCCUGGCGCCCGGGCUUCUUCCACUGUCGCAACGGGCGCCUAUCAACUCCAUCAAUCUGAAGCCACUACUGACCCUGGCCAUCCUCCCUCGCCCAGGUCUUCCAAGACCGAUGCUGCUCUCGUGCGCAGGAAACCACUGCCGCCCACGGCCUCUCCUGUGAUCCCAACUUACUACUCGCGUCGAUCUGGGCAAUCCGGUUCCUCUCGUUCCUCCAUCCCCUCCAAUCCCCCCUUCUCCCCAGCGGGACCUCCACCUCGUUCUUCUUCUCUUCAGUCCCCUGUCUCUCUUUCUCGAUACUCUGGGGAGAGCUCAUAUUCGCAUCACUCCUCCUCUUCUGUAUACAAUCCCGCUGCUGCGACCUCACCUGUGCAUGGGGACCCGCCGCUCUUCGCUCGCAGGAACUUUGAUAGGUUUCCCCGGGGAAGUCCUCUCAGAACUCCGCUCCGUAUAGAUACCUCCGCCUCUGCUGUGAAUGGAGACGGAGACGAUAGCGACGAUAGCGACGACGAUAUAACUCAUCUAUAUAAAUCGCAGUUUACGAAUGGGACGCCCGUGCAUAGCCGUCUCGUCAGCGAACCGUUCAUUCCCGUCCUUCCCUCUCCUACCUCCUCCACACACCACAAACGCCCCAGAACUAUGGCCUUACACCCUCCGUCAAACCGUCCACCACCCUUGCACAUCGACUCCAGUGCUCGGAGCAUGUCCUUCCCUGUGAACGACCCUCGGCAACCGAAAACACCUGGGAACAAGAUCAGCUCUUUCUUUGGCUGGAGGGCUACCACUACAUCCCCUGGUGCCGAGUCUUCAAGUACGGAAAUUUCAGACACCGGUCGAUCUCCACUGCCAUCACCAAUGCCGCCUUCAAUACCCAGUACCUCAUAUUCCAUCACGCCAUCUACAUCAAUACCUUUCGAUCCCACGGCCAGACCCAACGGGAACUACCCCGUACGCAAUGGCUCCCUCAGUAGCGCGAGUCUGCUAGAAACCGCCCCCUCCGCCCUGGUGGCGGAAUUAGAAAAUGAGCUGCGGGAAAUCAGCUCGGAGCUGGCGGGCUCGAUUCGGCGGGAAAUGGAAUUGGAGGACUUGGUGGAGAGACUGCAAUCAGAAAUGCCUUCGGAUGCUCCGAACCGGCGUACUAGUGAUUAUUUCUCGGAUUCGGGAACUAGUUCCAUUCGAUAUGCGUAUGAAUCGGGUGGGCGGGUCGAAGAUAUAGAAAAGUAUAAGCGGGCCGCGGAGCAGGAGCGUGCUCAACUCCGGGUCGACCUUGGCCAGAAGCUGCAGGAAGAGCGAGCUCGCCGGACUGCGUCGGAAUCGCAUGUCCAGAUACUAGAGUCGCAGGUUACUCAGCUGCGACGCGAAAGGACAGAAAACUCGGAUUUGUCCUCUAGAGCACGCGAACUUGAAAGUGCAUUAGAUAGUACCCGGCGUAAACUGGCCGAGGAACGACAGAUCAAGGAUAACUUUGAAGAUCUGCUAACAGCCAUGCGGGUCGAGCUCGAACAACUCCGGACCGAGCGGGACCUACUCCGCGAAGGCAAGACCCUCGCGGAUCCGGCGGAAGUGCAGCGGUUGAAAGAGGAAGUGGAAGCUCUGAAAAUCGAGAACGCCGCUCUCUCGCAACUACAAGGGAGCCGAUUCGCCUCCAUCGCAGAAGAAGAUAAUGUGCCAGCGAAACGACAAAGCGCGUUUGGACUAUCACGAUCAAACUCUUUGGCCCGCAUGCCUCCGAAGUCGAACGCCUCGAGGCCUGGUUCCCUUUCUCGCUCUAACUCAGUGUCGGCCAAGGACCGCGACACCCGGGAAUCCCUGGCGGACCGGGUCGAGGGUGCCGAGGCGCAGCGUGAUGCUCUUCAUGGAGCCCUGAAGCGCUUGCUUGAACGCCAAGCAUAUGAAUCUCGACAGAAUGAGAGGCGCAUCCGAAUAAUGGAGAUGGAGUUGGCUCGUAUUCAGGAGGCCGGCUCUCCACGCCGCAUCGGCUACGAGCGUGAGGUGCGCAAUCUUCGUGAUGAGGUGAAUCACCUGCGAAUGCGCGCCGAAGAUGCCUUGGACCAGAAGUGGCAGUGUGAGAAGGGCUUGGCAGGACUGAAGAUGGAUCUGGAUCGCGCAGAACAGGAGACUGCUUCCUUGCGGAUUCUUCUACAAGAACAUGAUAUCGCCGUCCCAGAAGAGAUCGAGGGAGAGCGCGAUGCAUUCGCCGAAGUCAUCGCUACCUCUUCGUCUCUUGAGUCUGCAUACCAGCAACUGCAGGCAGACCGCGAGCACGCGGAAGCCAGCGUUGCACACUCCCCACACGGAGAUACAGAGGAGCUAGCGCAAUCUGUCAGCCGAACGGAUAUGCUCGCACAGCACGUCCGCCAGCAACUGGCAAGCAACACUGCCCUCCGCAAGCGCCUCGCAGACGCCAUCGGCAAGGGCGAACAAGAUCAGCAGCUGUCCGCCAUUCGCAUCAACGAAAUGCAAGCCCGCCUCAAGGAGAUGGAAGACGCGCUUCUCAAUGCCCAGCAACACGCCGAGGACGAAAUGGUCCGUCACGAAGACGAAGUCCGCCAGAUCCAGGAGAGCCACAACGCCCAGCUUCUCCGUAUGAGGAACGGCUCCCGCAGUCCCGCUGCUCUCUCGCCUAUUCCUCCUAGCACUCCCUUUAUCACCCGCUCCCCGCGUCUCGACAAGACCACCAGCGGUGACGGCAUGCCUCUGAACCAGGCUGUCAAGUCCGAGACGCUCGACACACGAGUCAAGGAACUCGAGAAGCUCCUCCGCCAGGCGGAUCGGGAGAUGGGUGAAGUCGUCAGCCGCAUGAACCGCGCCCAGAUCGAUGUGGCGGAACUUCAAUCUGCUCGUGACGAGGCGCUCCGUGAAACCCGCCGUCUCCAAGCCGCCAUCCUUAAUGAACGCGAGGUCUUCAAGAACCUUCUCGGCCGCAACUGAACGAUAUCCCUUUUACAUACAACACCUUAUCCAUCCUACCCUGACCUCGAUUAAUACCUCUUCAUUUCUCUUCUCUUCUCAUUUCAACUCUGUACAUUGACUCGGUUUGGAUUCGAAAGACUAUAUAUCCCUGGGACCGGUACCGGUGUUUUUCGGUGUUUUAUCCCUCUUCUUGGUUUCCAUCAUACAUUCAAUUUUGGGCUUGGCUAUCUCUGAUUCUGUUCUGUUCUAUACCGUCCGAGCCGGUUGACCAGCCGACGAGAGUUUUUGUUUUGUUUUGUUCCGACUUUUUUUGGCAACGUUGUAUAUAUAUGCUUGUUACGAGCACCACGACGUUUCUGCUCUAAUGUCUGUAUAUAAUUGAGCUAGUCUUAGUAUCUAAUCGCGAUAUACAGGAUGAUAGAUUGGCUAAUUAUUCAAAAAUUUAUCUCCGCUUGGUGAUUAC